ACUCGUGGGUGUCCACGACACCCAUAGAGUGGGAAUAGAACCCAUGGCGACCGCAGGUCACCACCGAGCCCGCAGGGUGACGCCUUUUUAUUAUCACAGCAUUUUCAUCAGGAUACAAUAAAAGAAGGAAACGCAUCUUACCUUAUAAAGGGAAGAACACCAAGUGAGGUGCCAAAACUGCCACGGGACUGCACACCCGGGCGGCAGCGCGAAAAGAGUGACGUCAUUAUUUGAUGCCUCACAGUAAAAGCCCUGUGCGCUGAACAGUGGGGGGUGCUAAUUCUUAGCAAAAUGGCCCUUGAACCGUCCACGUUACCCCAGUGUUUUAUACCCCAUAAAAAUAGGGAGAAGCAGGUUAGCGCGUGGGGCUGAUCCAGCCAUCCCUGCCGCGCGGCCGUGCUGGGUGAGCUCGUGUCCCCAGCGGGAAAGAUCCGGGAACCCCUAGAGAGGGGAUAAAAGGAGAAGCGGGAGCGGCAGUUGAGAGCCGUUGAGGAGACCAGAGCACGGGGAGGAGUGCGCAGGAAAAAGAGACGUUGAGUACCUGACCCCGGGAUCCAGCAUCGGAGAUUUCGGUCUUUCUCCCGCUUGACUCUGGACGACGCUGAGCCCGGCGGUGUGAGCAAGUAACAAGCGGAGGCGGCGGCUGAUCGCGGGACGGAGAGGCAGCGAUCCGUCCUCCUUUGGCCCCUGGUGGCGUACGGGAGGCGGAGAUCGGGAGGCGGCCACAGGCGGAGACUAGGAGGCGGCCACCGGUGGAGACUGGGAGGCGGCUUACCUCAGAAUUAGUGCCCCUCCGAUCUGAUUGAUACUGACAGCAUCCGAUAAGGUGGUUGCAGGAAUUCGUGGACACAGGAGAGUGUUGGAAAAAAGCAGUACUGGUCGUCCUACAGUAACUCCCAUGACAUCUGAUGAUGAUGACGCUGCGGAAGCAGGUCCAUCAAAAGAAGUCUGGAGCAGCAGAAGUCGGACUUCUGUAACACACCACCAAAAAAAACAUGUGGCAGCAAAGAAAGCAAGGUCUGAUGUCCAGGGCCAACCACAGCAGGCUACCCCGCCACGAAGAUUAUCGACAGUAUGUUCAGUCCCCCCCACUCCAAUUUUGGACACAUCUCCAAGACGUGAACCACACUCCCCUCAUCUUGAUUCUUCUAGUCCUGAUAACAGCAUCCCUCCGCAACAACAGCAACACAGUGACAUGGAUGAGACAAUCAUGUUAGAAAUGCAGCCAUUAAGCCAAGGAAUCAGGCCCCCAGCACCUGUGAAUACACCACCACAGCAAAGCACACCACCACCACAACACAGCCCAACAACACCAGUAACACAAGGCCCUGAUCACGUGUUUUGGAGCAUUUGGGCUAGACAGCAGGCCACUAAUGAAGAUUGCCUGUGUAGGCAGACACAAAUGUUUGCAAGCCUACCAUGUCACCUCACAAGAAUAACCAGAAAUAUGAGUAGACAAAAUGAACAAACCACGAGAAUUGGCAAUACCAUGGAACUCAUGCGUGCAGACAUUACACAGGUCAUGGGCAACUUACAGAGCAUAAUGGUAGAACAGAACAGACUAAUGGGAGAAGAGCACAGACAACAGCAAAGCUAUAUGAACAUUUUUCAAAACAAUCAAAAGAUAAAUGAAACUUUAUUCCGAAUUGUAGACAAUCAAAAUGCUGCUACACGUGAACUCAAUGCCACCCUCAUUAACCUCAAUGAAACACUCAGAUCCAUGCACCAACAGUAAACAAGCAGCAGUUCUGGUACGACUACUCCAAAUAUCACGCCAGUGUCAUCACCACCAAGACGCUCCACCAGAGCACGCCAACAUGACAGUGGUAAAGGCAAAGGGCAGGACAAGCAGCCACCCAAAAAAAAUUAACAAAUAAACCUCACAUUUUUAAUUUCAGAGAAGUACAUCAAAAUACUUAGUAAGUGUAUGUUUGCCAAAAUAGAUAUAACACUUAGCUCCUUGACAAUUUGUACAAUAUCAUUAAUUAUAAGUGGUACAUACAACAACAGGAAAUUUGUACGCACAUUUAUUCUUUACCAUCUUUGAAUUUUUUUGGAGGAGGGAAAUGUUGUUUGAGCUGCACACAGAUGUUAGCAGGAAAUAACCAGACCACUUGAUUUUUUUUCUAAUCAUUUCUCUUUCUAGAUUCCAAUCAUUCUCAUAUCCUGCAGACACAAUAAUUGGCAGCCAGGCAGAAUGUCUUUCGCAGGAAGUAACCAGACCACUUGAUUUUUUUUUUAAUCAUUACUCUUUCUAGAUUCCAAUCAUUCUCAUAUCCUGCAGACACAAUAAUUGGCAGCCAGGCAGUUUCAUCCAUGAACAAUACAAAUUACAAUGUGAUUUUAACUCUUUUACCUUUCUUCUCUAUACAACAUUAAAAGAAUAACACAAUUGA